UAUGUCAAUAAUUAUUGUAUAAAGCCAUCUAUUUAUUUCUUUUCUCAUAUCUGUAAUAUAAUAGUAUUCAAAGGAAUGUUCAAACAUUAGCAACGAUAGGUGUUUUCAACGCAAGUAUCGAUCAAACUUUAUGGGUGGAUGCUUCCGUUUGUAUCUACAAACUGUAGCAGGUGAAAAUUUCAAAGCAGCUGCCGGAACCUCGUUGACGCCCUUAUUUAUCUCUUACAAUGGAAAGUCUGCGAAAGGAAUUGACAAAAAGAAUUGUAAAUCAAUGUAAAGUGAAAGAAACACCAGUAACUAAGGAUUUGGCUUCGUUCUUGCUUUCUCUGUAUCAAUUGAAUCCAACAUAUCAAAUAAUGGAAAACGAUGAAGAAAAUAAUGCGAGGAUAAUCCAAGUUAUAACGGAGACAUUAUGUGAUCAAAGCAAGUCCAGUUUGGUAACAUUGAAAAAUCAGCUAUAUUUCGUCAAGCAUUAUCAUGAAAGAGAUGAAACUGUCAAAAGACAUCGAUUACGACUGCAUCAGAAAACUGGACCCCUAAUUGCAGAAAUUUGUGAAACUAACAAGUUAGAAAGUGAAAAGGAUACCGAAAAGCUGUAUCAAAAAGUAUUGGCAGUCAUAACAUUGCUCAGUGGUCUGGGAAGUCCAACAGAUUCUUCGAUUUUAAGAGAAGUCUCGGUGGCGUUGCAAAGCAUCUUCCAAGCUUCCGAGUUGGCUCACUAUGUAACUUUGCCGAAACGGGAGAAAGAGGAACAAUUAAUGGAAUUAAUGUGCAUAGUUGCUGGCAUUCGUCUAUUUAACAGAGACUGUCAACGCGGUGGCGAAGGAAUUGACGAUCUACCGAGCAUUCUGCAAGAAGCUCUAACAAAGACCCGCAACUCCAUUCUCGAGCUAUUAGAACCAUUAAUGACUAAGGUGUACAAGUUUACGGCUGUCGUGGAAAACGCGAUUACACGCGUAUCGACUGACAUUUCAGAUGCCGUGUGUUGCAGUACGAAAGAAGCAGCAUCGAUAUCCGAUAUGGAAGAAAAGGUCAAAUGGGCCAUCGAAAUGUUAACGGCUAGUCGUCAGCAAGAGAUUUAUAUCAGAAAACUACUGAAUGACGUGGAGCGUAGCGAAAAUGUGGUAAAAAAUUUGAUGGAACGUCUUCAAGCACGACUCUUUAAACUGCAUGACACUGUUCGAUACAGAACGGCUAUCCCCACCACUCAAGUCUAUCCACAAUUUAUCGAUUUAGCGGAUAUAUGGAUGAGUUUGCAAGAUGAGGUGAUCAUUUUGAGCAGCAUUAAUAAUUUUCUGUGGGAAUUACAAAGUUUGAGUAAUAAGUCUGUGAAUGUCUACGAUGUAACAAAGUUGGAUGACAUAGCUGAGGACGUGGAUGUUCUUACUGAUGCUGAAAGAUUGGAACGUUCCAUGGGCAAUUUAAUAACAGAGUGUGGUGAGUGCUUGAUAUACUAUCCGAACGUCACUAAGGACUUUGAAAAAAUUAAUUUGGAGUUUUUAGGAUUCUGUGCAUGGACAUUCGCUACAGGCAAAGGUGCUCUAAUACCGGCAAAUCCAAAUAACGGUGUAGCAAAAUGGAGAGGGAAAUAUUAUGCCUUUAAAUCGCCCGACGCAGCUGUCAAGUUUGGAGAAAAUCCCGACAGAUAUGUUUAUGAAGUGCUCGAUUUUGUACGUAAUCAUCCGGAGUACAUCCAUCUAUUCCAACUGCACGAGGAAAUCGAAGCUAUGCAAAGCCAAGAAGAGUUGACAGAAAAAGGAUUACAGUUGAAAGUUCGUCAUAAUCAGAAAGUUCAAACGGAUGUUCAUAUACUUCCACCUUAUAUCGAUAAAAAUUAUACUUCCAGCAUUUGGGAGUUAAAGCGAAAAGCAUUACGUCUGGCAACUAUAAGUCGGUGCGUUACGCGUAGUACGCAGACAUUCAACUCGCACUUUCGAUAUGGUGUUUACGUGCAAGCGGCUCCGUCUCAGGAUAAGGAAGUUCAAACCAGAAGAGAUAACUAUACAAACACAAAGAAUCUCAAGACAUUUAUAUUCGGAUUGCGAGGCAGGCGGGAUGAUAAUCAGCAUGUUAUAUCGUUCUUAGAAGACGGACUCGAACAUUUAUAAAAUUUAAAUCAAUUUCUUACGACACCUUAUAUAUGUAAUCUUGUAUACAAGCAAAUAAAUGCUUCAAUAUUAACAAUGUGAGUUAUUUAAAUAAAAUGAUGAAAUAUUUUAACCAAAUUACAUAUUUAAAACAUUAAUCAGUCACUUAUAGCUAUAUUUAUUUAGAUCAUUAGGGAAUACGUAUUGGACCAUGUUUAAAGGAGUGCUAGGAAAUAAACGAUGUAAAUUACGCGCGAUUAAAAAAAAUGAAAGCAAUACUUUUUAAUGAUACUUCCAAAUACAUUUCACGGAACAUUACAGUUUAAAUCAUGUUUUUCUUUAGUUAGAAAAGAAAUUGGCAUUAUAAUUUAUCAAUCCAUACACAUUUUCCUCGCAUAUGUUUCCUUUAUUGAAAACUGCAGUUUUCAUUCGUGUGGCUUUCCUCGUGACUUAGGCCAGCAUUUCUUUAAUUUAUAUUCAAAAUACAUAAAUUUUACAUAUACCGAAGCUCGGAUAGACAUAUGCGGUUAAGAUUCCGCAUUUCGCUCCAAGAGCCUAUUAUUUUCCUACAUUUCAUUGCAGUGGUCGCUGCUUACUGCGUUGUGACUUUAAUAUGCUUAUAUCGUACCUUUCAAUGGAUACAUCGUUUUAUCAUUAGAUCUUAAACGUUAGAUUCAAUUUUUACACCAAGAAACCUAUAUUACGACAAUAAUUAGUAAUUACACGA